AUGAACUCACACUGGGACACGAUGAGAUUCUGGUCAAGAAAGAUUUUCACCGUCUUGGUUCCAUUCAUUUCGUUGAUCUAUUGCAAUGCUCGAAUCGUGAUCCAAUUACGCGAAAAGCACGAAGAGACACGCGAACAAUCGAUGAAGAAACGAUCACUUCGAGGAGCACUGCUCACAACUGGAUCAAUUCGCAAACACUACAAUGAGAAGAAAGGUGUCAGAGUUGCAACAAGAACCCUUCUCUUGGUUGUUGGCUGUUAUCUGAUCUCAAAUCUCAUCUCAACCAUUGUCAACUUUUGGUUGUUUUUCGAUCCAGUCACUCUUGAAAGUAACUACUAUCUUUAUUUGGUCAUCUCCGAUUUCUCGACUUUGCUCACAAUCUGUGGCUGUGCUUGCCGUUUACCGAUCUAUUGUGUAGCGGAUAAAAGGAUAAGAAAAGCGCUGAUGAGAGCUUUACUCAGAUGGCAACAUAAAGCACGACCAAUUGAGGUGCUCGAAAGAAACCUUGAAAAGUAUUCGAUUGUUGUCGUCUCGAACAGUCUUCGCAGUAAUCUCACCAAUCAACCACAAAUGUUUAAUAGUCAGGACUUGGUGAAUGGUCGACCGAGAGCCAGAGACGAGUUGGCACUACUUUUACAGAAUCGCCGGAAGAUUCUUGUCGACAUGACGCUCAUCCUGGGCACCGAUCGGGGUCCAAUAAUUGAAGAGGAGACUACGGCCGAGGUCACCUAUUUGACGGAUCUCCAUGAGGAGCAUCAAGAAUUGCUCAAACCGCGUCGACCGAGCAAAUUUCGAGAAAUGCUCGCAAAUAUC